AUGCAGACCGUUAAAUGCGUUGUCGUCGGAGACGGAGGAGUGGGUAAGACCUGUCUGCUCACCAGCUACACCACCAAUGCCUUUCCGGGAGAGGAAAUCCCCUCGGUGUUCGACCACUACUCUUCCAGUGUUAUGGUGGAUGGGAAGCCGGUGACCCUGGCUCUCUGGGAUACGGCAGGACAAGCAGUCUAUGACAAACUUCGCCCACUUUCUUACUCACAGACGGUACAAAAAAAAGAUCACAAUGCUGUGUUAAAAUUAGGUUCUGACUGCUUUGUUUCUUUGUCUUACCAGGACAUUUUUCUUAUCUGCUUUUCGCUUGUGUGUUGUACCUCGUAUGAAAAUGUCCGUCAUAAGUGGCACCCUGAGGUGAGACAUCAUUGUCCCACCACUCCCAUAAUCCUUGUGGGCACUAAACUGGAUCUGAGGGCUGAGAAGGAAACCCUGGAGGUGCUAAAGGAAAAGAAACUCUCCCCAAUUUCCUAUCUUCAAGGACUGGCUAUGGCCAAAGAGAUUGGUUCUGUAAAGUACCUGGAGUGUUCAGCCCUGACUCAGCGUGGCCUUAAAACUGUGUUUGAUGAGGCCAUCCGGGCCGUCCUGUGCCCUCCACCUGUCAAAAAGAAGGGGAAGAGAUGCUCUCUUCUCUAA